AUGAAGACCGUGGCAGCUAUUCCAGCCCUUUUUGCGGGCCUCUCUAUUGCGAGCCCCUUGCAAGCCCGCCAGCUACCGGAUCACUUUGAUAUCAGUGGCUUUCUUGUGCAGUGCCAGACCUUCACCUGCUGGGUUGAAUUUACGGCAAUCCUCCCUGACAGAAUUGGCGGCUGCGUUGUUACCUUCCCGGGCAUCAGUCAAGGUAUACCAGAUACGCCCCAACGGUCUGUGUGCGACCAACCCGACAUCGGUUAUGAAGUGAUUAUGCAUGAUCAGGGCUUUGGGGGGAUUGACUUCUCGGUAAAUUGGAAUUAUGCGUCUGGCAAAUACCUCGUGGGCAACCAUUCGAUCCCUGGAAGCCAGUGGCAGGCGUUUGCCGAUGGCGCGGCCACUCUAGAUGCCUACACGGGUCCAUCAGACUUUACUAUUACCGACUUACAGGAAGUUUCGAGUAUUUGA